CUCCUUUAAACUCAUGGAAGGAGAGGAAGCAAAAGUGAACAGACGAGGACUAACUAAAGGGAAUAACUAAAAGAGACACAGCAAAAUGCCUCCAAAGAGGAAAAACCAUUCUGCCAUUCGGGUUGAAGAAGUUGGGAUGGAGGUUGAUGCUGUAUCAGACAGUGGAAGUGAAGACGAUGCCAGGAGGAGAGCUCAAAACAGAAGAGCCAAACCACAACGUAAAGCCAAAAAGGUCAGCGACGAUGACGAGGAUGACGAAGAUGAGGCACCAAGGAAGAAAGGACGAAGGAAGAAGACCAAGCCACAGGACAGCGAUGAAGACGACGAGGAAGACAAGCAGAAUGUGAAAAGAAAAACUUCAAAAGCUUCCAGGAAGAAAGCUAAGGAGGAGAGCGACGAGGGGAGCGAAGAAGACAAAAAGAAAAGAAGAAAGCAAGGGACAGCCGGGUCCAAAAAGGAUAAAGAGGAGCAGAACAAGGAGAAGGGGAAUGUUAAAGGGAAACAAGGGAAGGAUAAAGGUGGGGAGAAGGACGGGAAAAAGAAGAAUGGGAAGAUAAGCAGCUCUUCUUCCUCCUCCUCCUCCUCUGGUUCUGAUGAAGAGUCACUGUCGGAGGGAGAGAUGGAAGCCCUGAAGGAACAGGUGGAGGAGAAGAAGAAACUGAUCGCUACGUUAAGAAACAAACCCUGGCGCAUGAAGAGGAGACUCGUACUGCUCAAGGAAGCUCAGGAGUUUGUUGAAAAAUUUGAAGGAGCUCUCGGGAAAGGAAAAGGCAGGAAGCUGUAUGCGUACAAAGUCAUGAUGGCCAAGAUUCUUAUGGGUCUUCCCUAUGGCUCAAUUCCCAGGAAAACUGUGCCCCGUGAAGAGCAGGAAACAGCCAUGGACUUCUCUGUGCUCAAUGACUUUGGAGUAAGGAUCUUAGCUUGGUUGAAUUUAUUCACAGCAUGUGUUGAUUAGAAAUGUAUGUUAUUUAUGUAUAAUGUAAAACGCAAUGGACCAAGGAUUGACCCCUGUAAUGUGUCUGUUUGUAUGACUCUUUGAACACUUCAACAGGGAUACAUCAAGUAUUCCUUUUUGUUCUACGGGUACUUCAACAACAAUCGAAGGAUCGGGCUGCUGCAGUUCAGGCUCCCACUUUCAUACCUGCUGGUGGGCGUUGGCAUCUUUGGAUACAGCCUGAUGGUUGUCAUAAGAACGAUGGCUCGUAACGCCAAUGAAGGAGGGGACGGUGCGGAGGAGGGAGAGUUCACUUUCAGCUGGAAGAUGUUCACUAGCUGGGAUUACUUGAUAGGAAACCCAGAGACUGCAGACAAUAAGUACGCCUCCAUUACAACCAGCUUCAAGGAAUCCAUUGUGGAUGAGCAGGAAAACCAGAAAGAUGAGAACAUCCAUCUCAGACGGUUCCUCAGGGUCCUGGCAAACUUUCUGAUCACGUGCAGUCUGGGAGGAAGCGGAUACCUCAUCUACUUUGUGGUGAAGCGUUCUCAGGACUUUGCUAAAAUGGAGAAGGAAAAUCUUUCGUGGUUGGAAAAGAACGAGGUGGAGUUUGUGAUGUCUCUGCUGGGGCUGGUGUGUCCUCCUCUGUUUGAAACCAUCGCAGAAUUGGAAGAUUAUCACCCUCGUAUUGCCCUCAAGUGGCAGCUGGGACGAAUCUUUGCCCUCUUUCUGGGAAACCUUUACACCUUCCUCUUUGCCCUGUUUGAUGAGGUUAAUGAAAAGUUGGAGACAGAGAAGUCCAUCAAGAAUGCCACUGAUUGGGCUUUUGAGCAAUACUACACCAACUACAGCUCUCAUUACAACACCACAGAUGUGCCUCCUCCAAAUGUGCACCCAGCGGACGUCAUCAGAGGACCCUGCUGGGAGGAUGCAGUGGGAAUAGGCUUUGUGAAGCUGAUCGUGUCGGACAUGCAGGUGACAUAUGUAACCAUCUUGAUUGGUGACUUUGCGCGAGCUUUCAUUGUCCGCUUUCUUAACUACUGCUGGUGCUGGGACCUGGAGGCUGGAUUUCCUUCAUAUGGAGAGUUUGACAUCAGUGGAAAUGUGCUGGGGCUGAUCUUCAAUCAAGGAAUGAUAUGGAUGGGAGCAUUUUACGCUCCAGGGCUGGUGGGUCUGAACGUGUUGCGUCUCCUGUCCUCGAUGUACUACCAAUGCUGGGCAGUGAUGUGCUGUAACGUUCCUCAUGAGCGAGUUUUCAAGGCCUCGCGGUCUAACAACUUCUACAUGGGCCUGCUGCUGCUUGUGCUUUUCCUCAGUCUGCUGCCUGUUGUCUACACCAUCAUGACCGUGUCUCCGUCAUUUGACUGCGGGCCUUUCAGUGGCCAGGGGAAAAUGUACGACGUGAUCAUGGAGACUAUAGAACAGGAUCUGCCACCUUUCUUGGCUAACAUUUUUACAUAUGCCACCAACCCUGGACUCAUCCUGCCUGCUGUCCUCCUCAUGGUGUUGGCGAUCUACUACCUGAAUGCAGUGUCAAAGGGAUACCAAAAUGCAAACCUUGACCUUAAAAAGAAGAUGAAAAUUGCCCGAGACGAGGAGAAGAACCGCAGGAACAACAAGGACAGCACUAAUGAAGUGAUGAAAGACCUGGAAGACCUGCUGCCUAACAAGUCUCUAAUACCGCCUCCCGUUGAGGAAGAGCCCCAUCCUGAUGUCAUAGUUGAUAAAGGCGCCAAGUCUCCCAAAAUAAAGCCGGGUGCAGCAGCAAGAGGAGUUAACCUGCAGAAGGACGUGUCCCUGGCUGCCCCUAACCCCAGGGCUCCAGUCACCCGCGCCCCGGGGCCAAGAAGAGGGCCUCCUGGAAAUGCUAGGAGUCCCCAACCUGGACCUGGGAGAGGAAGAGGUCGGGGGGGACAUCCCAGUCGAUAA